GUUUCGGUAUAUUUAUGGUAUAUCGGAGGACAACUCCUCGAGUGUGUUGUCAGGGAGCAAGGAGUUUUCACUCCUUCUCCUCGCUGCCUUGAUUUCUUCUUCUAAAUUUUUAAAAUCACGUUUCUUGCUUCUUCUGACCGUCCAGAUUGCUCACUGAGGCACCGGGGUACAGUUCCACACAUCCAAUGGGACCACACCCACGAUUCUUCAACUUUGAACAAUAUUGUCAACAGCGAGUAACAAUUAUACGUCAGACCUCGCUGGCCACCGGUUUGUUAAUCCGUUUUUAUAAAGUACAGUCACUGUCAUAGAGAUCUACAGCACAGAGAAAGUUCUUCGGCUAAUCGAGUCUGCUCUGGUUAAAAACAACUACCUAACUAUUUUAAUCCCAUUUUCAGCACUUGGCCCGUAGCCUUGUCUGCCUUGGCAUCUCAAAUGUACAUCUAAAUACUGUAUGUAGAUCCGGAAUGUAUGAUGUUUCUAAUCACUUCAGUAAUAUUAAGUAUAGCUCUUACAGAUGGAGUUUUCUAAAGGAGAUUCUGUUAGUCCUUCAUUUUAAUAUAUCCUCGGAAACAUCAGGCAACCAACGUGCUGUCAGAAGCUCCCUGAAACGCCCUAGACCGAAAGAUAGGUGCCAUGUCAUCUAUUGGACGAGACGUAUGAAGUGGGAACAAAGAACAGUUUAUUUGUUUGUGUAGUUUCUUAUUAUUGAAGAGCAUAGCUUUAUUUAAAGAGUCAUCUGUGGAUCAGUGGUAGGACUCUCAUCUCUAAGUCAAAGCAUUUUUCAUUCAACUUCAUACAGAAGUCCCGAGUCCUGAACCUCAACAGCCUCAGGGUGUUCUGCACUGCCCGAGGUGCGGUCUUUCAGCUGAGACUUUAAACCAAGAUCCCGUUUGCUGUUUCAGACCGAGUGUGCAAAGGACGCUCUUGCAUGGACGCUGCUUUGGAUGGCUUUGGUUUGGGCGACCAGCCGGUUGAUCAUCUGUAGACCAUUGGGUUGUCUUCCUUUCCAGCCUCUGCAGCACUCAAACAGCAACAAAUUAGAUUCAAAAAUAUCCCACGAUCCAUCGAGUUCAACUUCUGUUAUCCGGAUAGCACAGCCAUCAAUCUCCAUCAGUUAGUUUAACACACAAGUGCAAGGAUGAAUGUCUGCGGGACUGAACAGGACCUGACCCGAAGCUCACUUGGCACGGUGGGCGACACGGAGGAUCUGCAGGCAAUGACCGUACGCAGUCUGUCGGCGUCAGAUAUUCACAAACAUUAUGAUUUCAUCCGAGAGCUGGGCAAGGGGACGUACGGCAGGGUGGAGCUCGUUAUUCACAAAAACGCAGGAACCAAAAUGGCUUUAAAGUUUUUGAAUAAAAACAAAACAAAGCUGAAGAAUUUUUUGAAAGAGUACAGCGUCACUAACAAUCUCUCCUCCAACCCCUUCAUUAUCAAGGUCUUUGACAUUGUCUUUGAGACUGAAGAUUGCUAUGUGUUUGGUCAGGAGUAUGCUCCAGGUGGAGAUUUGUUUGACAUCAUCCCUCCCCAGGUGGGGCUACCUGAGGACAACGUGAAGCGCUGUGUGCAGCAGUUGGGUUUAGCUAUCGACUACAUGCACAAUAAGAGCCUGGUUCACCGGGACAUAAAGCCAGAGAAUGUCCUUCUUUUUGACAAGGAGUGCAGACGGGUGAAACUGUCUGAUUUUGGUAUGACGCGCAAAGUUGGCUGCAGAGUGAAGCGCAUCAGUGGGACCAUCCCAUACACAGCUCCAGAGAUCUGUCAGGCCAACAGGACUGAAGGCUUUUUAGUUGACUGCAGCAUUGAUGUCUGGGCUUUUGGUGUUCUGAUCUUCUGCAUGCUGACUGGGAACUUUCCUUGGGAGGCUGCUAUGCCAUCUGACACAUUCUAUGAGGAGUUUGUCCGGUGGCAGAGGGGCCGGCUGAAUGGGUUUCCCUCACAGUGGAAAAGGUUCACAGAUGGAGCCCUCCGAAUGUUUCAGAGGCUGCUGGCUGUUGAUCCAGAGAAAAGAUGUUCUGUCAAGGAAGUGUUUUAUUUUCUGAAAUGUGACUUGAUGGUAGAAUUGAGGAGGAGGUCUUCUUAUCGAUGUAGAACCCAUUCGUCUGAUAAACCGGCACACAAACACGAGGGAACAACCCCCAACAUGCCUACUCCCCUCAGAAGAAGCCUUCUGUCAGAAACAGCAGGUUCCAGAUUCACAUCCCCAUCAACAGAGUCAAGUUCACACCCAUCUGGAAGCAGGAUGGAGGGAAGACAGGACAAGGGCAAAGGUCGAAUGAUUGUUGCCACGGCAAUUGAAAUAUGUGUUUAACUUUCCAAUCCUCUAGUAGGUGUACACUGUUAUGGUGAGACGAGGGGAGAGAAGAAUGGUAUGCUAUAAUUUUCAAAUCUUUCGAUCCUUUAGCUCUGGCAAUAAAAACACAUCCUGUGGGUGGGUUCGUUGUGCAGGAAGUCCCUCCUCCCAUGACCAGUGGUAAAGUUUACAAACUGUUUCAAAGGUGCAAACUACUCUUAGGAGAUGGGAGAACCCAGUUAGGUUCAGGUCCUUGAUCUUUGGAAACAAUGUUCGUGUUCAGCCCAGAGUGAUGGUAUAAAAAUGUCUUAUUUUUUUUAGAUUCCCUGCAGUGUGGAAACAGGUCCUUUGGCCCAACAAGUCCACACCG